CAUACGCGCGGGCACGUCAUCAUAGACGCUGGAAUCACAGCCUUUGCUUUCUAUAGUAGUGGUGCUCUACAGCGAAUAAAACAGGCUACAAGCAAGGACGGACACCUAUCAGAAACGCGAGCAGCGGUUUGUGGCACAGCUCUGUCGCGGGCAACUGAUCGCUUUAAAUCAUGCUGUAGUGACUGAAGAGAGGCUAGUACAAUCAAUGGAUUGGCUUUGAAAUCGUUCACAAUUUAUUGGAAAGGAGUGUGUGAGACGGGGGGAGAGGGAACGCGCGAGAGAGGAGAGAGGAGAGAGGAGAGAGAGAGGUGGAAAUAAAGAUUAUUUCAACGAUGGAACUUACAAUGGAAAACAUUGGAAAUCUGCACGGCGUAUCUCACUCUCAUCAAACGGGUGACUUAAUGAACUCUCCGCACCACGCACGGCAGUCCUUGGCGUCGCAUCGGAACUUGGUGUCACACGGACGUUCAGCCAUGGUGUCCAGUAUGGCCUCAAUAUUAGAUGGAUCUGGGGAGUAUCGCACAGACCAUGCAUUGUCCGGUCCCUUGCACCCCGCAAUGACCAUGUCCUGCGACUCCGGGAUGACCAUGAGUAGCACUUACACUACGCUGACGCCGCUGCAGCACCUGCCUCCCAUAUCCACCGUCUCGGAGAAAUUUCACCACCAUCCCCACCCGCACGCCCACCACCACCCGGCGCACCAGCGACUCGCCGCCGGCAACGUCAGUGGCAGCUUCACCCUGAUGCGGGACGACAGGAGCCUUGCCUCAAUGGGCAAUCUCUAUGGCCACUACCCUAAGGACAUGUCCGGCAUGUGCCAGUCGCUGUCCCCUCUCUCCAACGGCCUCGGGUCUUUGCACAACUCUCAGCAGACUCUUUGCGCUUAUGGUCCUGGCGCCCACCUCUCCAACGACAAAAUGCUCUCGUCCGGAGGCUUCGAGUCUCACGCAGCGAUGCUGUCCCGGAGCGAGGACCACAUGAGCCGGGGAUUGGGGGGGCACGGGGCCGGGAUCAUGUCAUCCCUGAACGGUAUGCCCCAUCACAGCCAUCCGCACUCUCAGGCUAACGGGUCCAUGCUCUCUGAUCGGGAGAGGCAGACGGCGGGGGGCGGGCAGGGAGGUGGUUCGGGGCAGGUGGAAGAAAUAAACACCAAGGAGGUGGCACAGCGAAUAACGGCGGAACUCAAGCGCUACAGCAUUCCACAGGCCAUCUUCGCCCAGCGGAUCUUGUGUCGGUCCCAGGGAACCCUGUCUGACCUGCUGAGGAACCCUAAACCCUGGACUAAACUCAAGUCUGGCCGGGAAACCUUCCGGAGGAUGUGGAAGUGGCUGCAGGAACCGGAGUUCCAGAGAAUGUCGGCGCUCAGACUAGCAGCCUGCAAGCGCAAGGAGCAGGAGCAUCACAAAGACCGCAACAUGGUGCCCAAAAAGCAGCGGCUGGUCUUCACGGACCUGCAGCGCCGCACACUCAUCGCCAUCUUCAAGGAGAACAAGCGCCCGUCCAAGGAGAUGCAGAUCACCAUCUCCCAGCAGCUGGGCCUGGAGCUCAACACUGUCAGCAACUUCUUCAUGAAUGCCCGGCGCCGCUGCGUGGACCGCUGGCACGACGAGCACAGCAUCAGCCCCGGCCAGCCGGGCACCUCGGCCACCACUUUCUCCAAGGCCUGAGACGCCCGGGGGGAGCCACGGGGUGGCAUGGGGAUGGGGAGGUGGUACCUCCUGUAUCCCACUU